AUGACAGUCAAAUCCGUAGCAUACACCAUCCUGGUGCUGAGGAUCAUCACUCUUCUGAUUUUAGCUGCUUCAGCAACGUACAUGGCUCUUAACAGUUACAAACUUGCAGGUCAGAAGAAGAUUACUUGGAAGGAUCUCAAAACUUACAGGUAUGUUUUCGCGACCGCUGUCAUCGGUGUUGUCUACACGCUGAUUCAAAUUCCUUUCGCUUUAUAUUAUGCACGCACGGAGAAGAGGUUGAUUCGUCAUUCGUGUCUCCCAGAGUUUGACUUCUAUGGAGAUAAGUUGGUCAGUUACAUUUUAGCAACGGGGGUUGGUGCAGGCUUUGCUGCAUCAAUGGAGUUACGGGAAAUGGUAGAUGAUUUUGUUGCUGUCAUUGCUAUCAUAUUGGCUGCAGUAAAUGAAAACAUCAACUUGGCGAUCAAUCUUGAUAAAUUCCGUUCCGAAACUCAUAAGUUUCUUCAUCGCGGGAUCAUUGCUACUAUUCUGCUUACUAUUGGUUUCGCUUUCAUGGCCAUCACCUCUAUUCUUUCAUCCAUUAAUCGCACCCGAACCAAUAGGUUCUUCAGUUAG